UGUGACUCUUCCAAAAACCCUAGCCCCUAAAACCCCUUUGGUUUCACCCAAAACCCUCAAACACAUCCAUGUCUCCAUACUAUCAAAUGAUUCAUACAAAUCAAUCACCAUUUCUCUGAGAAAUUCCCACAUCAAUUCACACACUGCAAUCAUAAAUGAUUAAAAUUUGUAGAAUGAAAUCACUCCUCGCUAUCAGUCCAUCCUUCUCCAAUUCCGUCGCUGCCGCAGCUUCUUUCAACCUCUACUUCCAUUCCAGACCUUCCACUCUUCUUCGCAAAAGGACCAAUAUUAACCCCUCCAAAAACCCUAAUUUUUAUCCGGCCAUAUUUUCGGUCAAUUCAGUUGGUAAUUAUGCAAAUGUAGAGUCUAGCAGUAGCAGUCAAAGUCGAGGAUUAUGCACCGAUGGCCGUUCAUCCGGUGAGAUUCAUGUGAUUGUGGGGCCCAUGUUCGCCGGGAAGACCACCACCCUCCUCAAGAGAAUGAAGUCCGAGAGCAGUAAUGGCAGAUUUCAGGGUAACAUAGGGAAUUCCGGCCAGUUGGAUAGAACAUUGAAGGAUCUCUGUUUCAUCGGGAGAGUUAAAGAAGCUGUUGGAAUAUUAUGCUGCACGGGAAUGCAAGUACAUUCCGACACGUAUUCACUUGUCUUGCAAGAAUGCAUAUUUAGGAAGGAAUAUAAGCAGGGAAGAAGGAUUCAUUGGCAAAUGGUGGCCUUUGGAUUUAUUCCUAAUGAGUAUCUAAAGAUCAAGAUCCUGAUCCUGUAUGCAAAGUCUGGAGAUUUGGGUUCAGCACACGUACUUUUUGACAUGUUGCAAACGAGAAAUUUGAUUUCGUGGAAUGCAUUAAUUGCAGGAUACGUGCAAAAGGGGAUGGACGAGGUGGGCUUGAGUCUGUAUCACAGGAUGAGGCAGCUUGGUUGGAUGCCUGAUCAGUACACCUUUGCGUCUGUAUUUAGGGCAUGUUCUUCCCUAGCUAUCCUGGAACAGGGAAAACUCGCCCAUGGCGUACUGAUUAAGAGUCAAAUUAACGGCAACAUUGUAGUUAAUAGUGCACUUAUGGAUAUGUAUUUCAAAUGCAGCAGCCCUUUUGAUGGGUUUAGGGUAUUUGAUACGUCUUUGGACAGGAAUGUGAUAAUAUGGACUUCAUUAAUAUCUGGAUAUGGCCUCAAUGGAAGAGUAUCUGAGGUUUUGGAUUUUUUUCAUCAGAUGAUAAAUGAAGGUGUCAAACCAAACCAAAUCACAUUUCUUGCUGUACUUUCCGCAUGCAGCCAUGGAGGGCUGGUGGAUAAAGGGUGGGAAUACUUUUCUUCAAUGAUGAGAGACCAUGGUGUUCAGCCAAGAGGAAAGCAUUAUGCUGUCAUGGUUGAUCUUUUAGGCCGUGCUGGUAGGUUAGAGGAGGCUUAUGAAUUCGUCCAAACAUCACCUUAUAAAGAGCACCCAGCAGUAUGGGGUGCUUUACUUGGUGCGUGUUUAUGGAAGAAUGUCGCAGAGGUUCGGAGGGUAAUGAAGGGGUCAGGGAUAAAAAAGGAAAAUGUAGCCGUAAUAAAAUCGAACAAAGACAAUAGGUAUGCGUUAGAUUCUAUUGUGACGCAUGAUGGAGAAAAGUUGCCCUGCUUACCUUUAGCGAAUCUCUCAUCAGUUCGAGAAAAGCUGGGUGCUGAAUUGUAUGAUAAGCUAGACGUGAUUGGUAUCGAUGAGGCUCAGUUUUUCGAAGACUUGUACGACUUCUGCUGCAAAGCUGCAGAUCAUGAUGGGAAGACUGUAAUAAUAGCUGGUUUGGAUGGUGAUUACUUAAGAAGGAGCUUCGGAUCAGUACUCGAUGUGAUCCCCAUUGCUGAUUCAGUUACCAAACUUAGUGCCCGGUGCGAGGUAUGUGGUAAACGGGCACUGUUUACACUGAGGAAGACGGAUGAGACGAAAACAGAAGUUAUUGCUGGGGCAGAUGUAUAUAUGCCUGUUUGCCGCAACCACUAUGUAAGCGGACAAGUGGUUAAAGAGGCUACCAAAGCUGUGCUCGACUCUCACAACCUCAAGAUUAGCUCGGUUUUAUAGGCCUUCGCCUCUGAUCUUUUUCGUGAUUUCUGGUGUUUUCAAUUCACAAACAUCUGCCUCUGCCUGUAUUAAUCUGAUUAGUAUGUAGUAUUAGUAGUAGUAGCUAUGAAUAACUAUGUUACAUACUAUGUAUUAUUAGUGCUUAAUUAUUGUCAACAUAUUUGAGCUUUC